AUGUUCGGUCAGCCGACUGUCAGUUCGUCUGAAUGUACGACCCACUGGCGGCUCAAUAGCAUAAAACACACCCACACUGUCGUUACUACCAUCAUCUUCAGAGCAAAGUUUUCUCGCUUCUUCCUUCACCAUUCCCAACGAUCAGGCCUUCUUUUGCGUUCUUGCGCCCCAUCUCUCUAUUCGGCAACUUUCAGCCGAGCUGUGAUACAACUCGGUCGAUUCGAAAUUAUUGCCCAGCAAAGAUCGCCCCGGGCGCAAAAUGUAUUCAUUUUCUACUUUCACUUUCGCCGCCAUCGUCACCUCUUCGAUUCGUCCAUCUUGUUUCGUCCAUUCAUUCCUCCACUUCUCCUUCUCGCCAUCUUAAUUUCAAACCCUGCUUUCCCGAUUCUCCAUUUCUAUUCCUCAUUUUCUUUGAGUCUUAUUCUAUGUCUUUUUCUGUCUUUAGGCUUCUUUUUUCAUGGGUUAUCGGAAGCAUGUCUUUCCUCCUAUUCUCUCUUUCUUAUCUACUUUUAA